AGUGCGAUGCAAUGUCCCUAGUGGAAGUUCUGAAAAGCAUUGGAGAACUAGCCAAGGCUUUCCACGAGAAAUCCGUGGAACUAGAUCGCCUCAAAGCGCUAUACUCGUCCAAACUAGAGCUAUUGAACUCGUACGUUGCCUGUCUCCCGGGUGAAAACAAAGAAACGAUCUCCGAUGAACUGCUACUCGACCAUAUAAAAUCCCCCGUCUGCUGCCAGAACUGCAACGCCCUAGUAUGGGACAGCAGCAGUGAGUUUUUGCUCCUACCAAAGAGACUCAUACGAGUUCCAGGGGUGGAAAGUGAUAUGGCACUUACUCAGUUGUCCAACUCACUAGAUCACACUAGCAUCAAAGAUGAUAACGAAGAAAAUGAAACCCACCAUGGAAACGAAAACGAAAACCACAACUACAAUCACGAAUCUGAAAUCUCCGUCGACAAGGCGAAGAAACUGUACCACGGGAAGUCCAAGAAGGUUUGUUCAUACUGCAAGAAAACAGGCCAUUCUCGUGCCCGGUGCUUUGUCAGACUCAAUGGACAGGCUUAAACUGUUAAGCAUUUUUAUAUAUUCAAGCGGUCUAUAAUACAUUGUAAUUUUGUAUGAGCGAGUGGGCACCCUUUACUUGGAGGUUUGAACCAUGGCCUCUCUUCUGGACGCAUCUUGCAAUAACGUGCAGUCGACGGAGUUGGGGUUCAAAUGGAUAUAACGCACAGUAGAACCUCUAAUGAAUAAAUUUUUCACUGAGUUCAAGUGUGGGUACUUCACGUCGUUGGUGCAUGAUAUAUUGUCUAACUUCAAAUUCAAGUAUUGAUCAACAGACUUCAAGACUCCCUUGAUCUCCAUGUCGUUCUUCAACUCAACGGUAACCUCUUGAUCCACAAGGGUCUUAAAAAAACUGAAAAAUAACAUCUUGUAUCUGGAGGGUUAUAUGUGCUUGAUGAUUUUUGCUUUCCUUCACUGAAC